CAUAUCAAGACAAUCGACCGGUACAUCUGUUAGGUGGCUCGGUGGAUAGGGAGGUACCUACCUACACGAGGUUAUCCCCCAUGCUCUUACCCCAGCUUUCUAGUUCCCCACGCCUUCCCACCUUCCCACAGUUCAGCAUAUUAUUCUAUUGCUUUAUUAUUACUUGCCCACCAGACGAUAAAUUCGUGAAGGUCGUGUGUCUACAUUCUGUGUUUCAUCCAUUGAGCUUUAAGCAAUUCCAGAUGCUAGUGACAGCCAAGAUUUCAUCUAGUAAUGAUACUGGUCGCACAAGAAUAUCGAAAUUUCCCCUAGAUUUUCAAUGUCAAGUCCUAGGUCUUCUGCAAUUGAGCAGAUCCAUAUUGACGACGAAAGUAUCCAUCCGAACUUUUCUAACUCCCUUGGAAAAAUACGUUUUCGUCAUGGCUCUAGUGCCCGUUACGAUUCCAAUUUCCAAAAUCAAGUAUGGGUGAGAUUACCUGGAAAAAUUGGUUCUGAUGACUUUAUCGAUGAGUCACCUGAACUAGACGAAAUAUAUACAGUGAUAGCAAGACGUGAAAGCACAACUACAUCAGAUUUGACUGCCAAUUGGAGCGAAACUCCCCACCCAAUUAUCUCCACAGGGCUGAUCGAGCGGCGGCCAUCUGCUACCUCUCGUAUUGAAGCUUUUAAAAAGUCCAUUUCGCAGGAUCAAGAAAGAUCCCCAGUGAAGAGGCAAAGGGUAGACGAUGACAAUUCGUCUUCUUCAAGCAAGCGUUCAGCUGUCAGAUCCUACCCAAGAAGACCCGCAAAGAUCGAUGGAUAUCUCACUGGAUCAAAUACGUCUGGGGAAAUGGUGCAUCAGCGGCCCGUUGAUUAUGACUUAUCUACAAUCUUCCCUCGUGAACUGGAUGUCCAAAAUGAAGUCGUAGAUGAUUUAUCUCAGUCGGAAAUACAGCAGGCUUGCCUUUUGAGAUAUUUUGCAGAUGAGCUAGCUGGUUGGUUUGACCUCUGCGACCCAGAGCGCCAUUUUGCUUUAGUAGUUCCACAAAGGGCGAAGCAUUGUCCCGCACUUCUCAAUGCUAUAUACACAGCAUCCGCGAGAUACCUUGGCCGGCUCGAACGGUAUAGGAACAAUGGCAUGGUUGAAUAUAACGGAAAUUCGCUGCCCAACUUACAUAUGGAGACUGCCGCUGAAUAUCACAGCAAGUGUACCGAGCAUCUUGUAUCUGUAUCAGAUAAUCUUGAUGUCUUGUAUGACGAGAACCUACUAGUCGCCUCUGUGAUAUUGAGAUUUUAUGAAGAAAUUGAUGCACCUUUGAGCGGGGGAGAUGGGGCACCCAAAGGAACUCAAGUUUUUCUUACGGCUCAAGCAUCAGGAGGUCUUGAUAGUAGCCUUCGUAGAGCCGCAUUUCGUGUCGCUUACAGACAAGAAGUUCACAUGGCAUUUCUUAGACAAAGACCUUUUCACAUGCCUCUGCAGUAUCACGAAUAUCGAUCCCUUGAAUACGCAGACGAUUUUACUUGGGCUUAUCGAACAAUUGUUCAUUGUGCUGAUGUAUUACAAUACUGUUACGGCCUAGGCAGUAAAUCUAAUAGCGACUACGACAUGUUAGUUCAGUAUCACGAAGGCUGGGAAAGCUUACGUCCACAAUCCUUCGAUGCUUUAUACGAUAGAGCUCCUGCUGUGAAUUCCAGGCGGGCCCUACCUGAGAUAUGGUAUUUAUCUGAUUGCCAUGUCACUGCACAUCAACACAUGGAUAUCUCUCGAAUCCUACUCACAACUUACGAUCCGCGAAUACCUAGGUUGGGACCAGGCCUCAGAGCAGUUAAAAAAGACAUCGAAGCACAGAUAAACACGAUUGUUAAACGUCUUUGUGGUGUAGCAAUAUCAAACCACCGGUCUCCAUCCGCGAUGAACAUAGCGUAUAUGGCUAUCUCUAUGUGCGGCGAACAGUUUACAGAUAUCGAAGACCGAGGGUGUAUUCUAGAGGUAUUAAAAUACACCGAGCAACAACAUGCACUGCCAACAACACAUAUUCGUAAUAGGUUGAUAGAUACUUGGGAAUGCUCAGGAGACAUAUCAGUAAACCAUGGCCGAGAGGCUUUAGAAGGCUACAUGGAUAUUAUUGAUGAAUAAUUGUUAUAACAGCGCAUGAUAGAAUAUAGAUUUGCGUUGGGGUUCCAGAAACCCAAGAUAUUACAGGUCCCGAUGGGCAAAACCAGCGUUAACUUCAAUUAAAGUUAGACUAGUCCUUAUUUCUAAUACAGCUUUUCAAACCAGUUAAAUGUUUUCAACAGUUGAUGUAUUGCCACUGCCUACCUACCUAAUACCUAGAUAGCAAGUGGAAGACCCUCAAUCAUAUUGGUAACAAACAGCUCACGACUUUGAUAUGCAGGUCGAAUGCAGGAUAAAACAUUAGAUAAGUACUUCCAUCAUC